AUGCUGCAGGCGCUGAACCUGUCCGGCGUCGAGUGCGGCGUGGCCGUGGUCCGGCUGGCCCCCGGCGAGACAGUGCCGCUGGACGCGCUGGCAGCGGGCGAGCAGCUCCCCGCCCUGUCCCUGAGGCUACCCGGGCUCGCCAGCGACCAGGUGGCGGUGACGCUGGAGGCGCUGAGCUCGCAGGUCUGGCAGACGCGCUGCGGCGACAUGCUCGUGCAGGUGCUGAUGCCGGAGCCCCCGCAGCGGCUGUUGCUCAUCACGUCCACGGUGUCCGUGAGGAACUCCACGCCUCUGGACGCCGAGGUGCGGUUCCUGAAAGCCUCUGGGGACACCAUCGAGGCGCCAGCCGCGCCCAGGCACACGCCCGCCGCCACCCUGCAGGCCCCGAAGAGGACCAGCGGGCCGCCGCUGCGCCGGGAGGCCAGCGUGGCCACCAAGGACCAGCCUGCCGCACCGAGAGGGGCGCAGAAGCUGAGGGGCCAGAUCACCUUCCAA